CAUCGUGACAGACAUUUUAUUAAAAAGAGAGCCACGUUUCUGAAUAAAAUUAUAUACAUAUCUCGAAUAUUAUAUUUUCGUAUCUUAAAUUUUACUCGAGAAAUUAGAAUUCAUAUUGUGGAUAACGUCGAUGGAUAUAUCGAAGUACUUUUCCUCUUAUAUAUAUAAACAUAGAUGCAUUUAAGAGGAUAUUUCGCAAAGAGUUUUUCUAAUUCGCCGUAAUUUUCAUUUUUUAUCUUUUUCUCUCUAAAUUUCUCUUCCAUUCUCUUUCUCCUCUCAAACGCACAAUUACGAACUCGAGAACUUAUUCGCUCUAACCACUAAAAGCACACCCCUGUAUUUCCUUCGCGCUAACCGUGAAUGGAAAUAAAGUGGAAAGAUGGAAGGAUAAAAGGGAACAUGGAAAGAUUCGCGAAUGGUUACGGUAUAACGUUUGAAUAAAUAGCUAUUUUUAAAUGACCGUGGAUACUCUUGGAUACUCUACUCGCUCAUACUCUUGGACUUUGGGAAUUGAGAUAGUUACCAUCGAGCUAGGAAAUUGUGUGCAUUCGUGUUAAACCGUGAAUGGCAAACUGCGAAUCUCGAGUACAUAUGUUCUACUUAAAAUAUAUAAAUUAAAUCGAAAAUAUUCAAUAUUAAUGUUUAGAAAUCCCUAUUGAAUUAUAAUUGUUUUAAUCACAUGUAAUAAUUUAAUAAUCACGUUGAAAUUAAUUAACUUAAUUACUCCCUAGUCGUUUAAUAUCCAUUGGUAAUAAUUCGAUGAUCAUUAAUCGUUCGAUAUUAAUCGUAGGUAAUAAUUUAAUUAUUCCGAGAAUUAAUCGAAACGUGUGCCCAGCCUUCUCAAUCAAGAAUCUCCAGUUCUCAACAACAAACUUGGAAAAGAUAAGUUAAAAGAAACAGGGAGUAAACAAGCUCCCUCUGGCGAUCCGGCUCUCCUAAUCGAGAUAUUCAAAAUUCGCCUAUUCCCUCCACUCCACGCAAACAACCUCGGCUCCACGGAUGAUUGCGGGGGCGGAAGGCAGGAAGGGGCCCAGGGGAACGAGAUCCACGGCGCGGGCACUGUAGAAGGAGUACGAAAAUAGUAGCGUGCCAGGAUCGUAUCACGCUCGCGGCCCACAGACGUGGAUCUCCUUUCUAUUAAUAGCUAAAUGAAAGGGAGCGAUCCCGAGUCGGCCGUGUAGGCAUCGUUCCGAGUCUUGGUGGUGUCCAGGCCCUGAUCGCAGGACUUCAGAGCCGCUCAAGCCGUCGCGGACUCCACAUUCCACCGGCAAAAGCUCUUCCGUGCGUGCCUGUUCAGAAGCAUCUUACUUGCUCGGCUGGUGCUCCGAGGCGAACCCUCAUACACGUCAUACACACGCGUCUCCCACCCACCCACAUACACAACAUUGCCAUACACAUUCACACCGCUCGAGUGUAAGUCUCUUUGAUUGCUAAUUCUUUUUUUUUCUUUUUUCAUAUAUUUGUCUUAUCGGUUCAACCGCUUUAACCGAUUCAGUGAUAAGUAUAUUAUUUACACGUCCUCGCAUUUUGAAUCUUGAGUCAUCGUCCUUGUGUUUCCAUUUCUGUACGAUGGGAAUUUUUCGAAUCAGUGAUUUCGCCGUGAUGGAUUCGUUAUACAGUGAUACGACACGAUGUAGACGUCGGUGAAAAGAUGAGAAAGAACAUUUUCCUCGUCUUCGUUGCCGUUCCGUGGAUCGAUAUGUAUCACGGGGAAGGAGGGGGUAGGAGGAUUUGAUGGAAGAUUCGAGUGUGAAAGUGAAACCCAGUGAAGAUGGAAUUCUUUGGAUCUUAGGAGGAGUGGGAAUCGUACAUUUUUCUUUUUAGAGGGGGAUUUCAAUCGUGAAAAGUUGAGCUGGAUAAUACAAAUAAUUCUUAAUAUAAAUAAUUAAGAAGGAUAAUUACGUUGAUCUGUGCACAUCGACUUUGAAGUAUCUCGUUUCCAAACAGGAUAUUACGAAGAAAACCUUUGUGCAAGUGGCGUCUGACCAUGCUGUGACAUUAUCUACUGGGCUAUAAUUUGAAGAUCUCGUUCGAAGGUCUCUCUCUCUCUCUCUCUCUCGAGUUUCUGGAUUUUCCAACGGAAGGGUAAUCGAACAAAUUUCCGGAGGACAACAACGUGAUGGCGAACGUGUCGAGUUUGGUCUCGUCUUUCUUUAGUGUGCUUGUAUUCGAUGGGGACAGCUAUAAUGUGACUGGUUUCGAUUAAAUUUAAAACGAUUGGUCUCGAUUGGUCCGUGAAUAUAACUCGUAGUUUAAUAAAAAUACCCAAGGACAAAAGGAAUUGAUUGUUGAAUGCGGUUUGAACAACAGAGAAACCGUAAGAUACGUCAUUUUUACAAGUUCGUAGAAAAAGAUAUUUAUAAUUUUCCACACGAAACUUUUGAUUUUUAAAAAUUUUUUAUAUGAUACGAAUUUUUUAAAAGUCGAAUAUUUUACACAAAUUUCAAUGUUUUUCCACGAUUUCUCGGAACUGGAAAAUGUACGAUUCAAAGAAGAUGGAAUCUGCAUGGGAAAAUAUAUCGAAAAUGUAGAAUCGUUCGUUCGAUUAAAAAUAUAAUUCACUACAAUACAUGAUAUACAAUUGGCAAAAUAACAAAAAUAUAUCGAUCCACGCCGUUUAAUAUUUUUCCAUAGAUUUAUCUCUCUUCACGUCGCAUUACCAUUUUUGGAGAUACAUGAAACUAAAUUCUUGAGAUUUAUAAACGAAGAGGGAAAUCACUUCCCUUUCUCAACAUUACAUAGAAAAAGAAUCGCGUCUGAUAAAUCAUAGCCUAUAAAUGUACGAGCAAUAUCCCAUUUCAAGAUUCGAUUAUGACGUAUGUGAUUAUAUAAUAUUGUUUCCACUCCCACACCUCGUGUCAGCCAUCGCACUGGACAUCCGCAACGCCAACCACCGUUGUCGAUUAAUAAUUUUUCGAAAACAUUCCGCGAGUACGAACAAUUUUCUUCCAAUCAAAGAAAAAGACCGUUCUGUUUCGAAACUCGUGAUGAAAGAAUAUCACGAGCGAAGGAGAGAAAAAAGGGAAGAGAAACUUUAUCGCGCGACUCGAAGGAAAAGAAAAAAAAAGAAGAAGAAGAGGAAGAAGAAAAAUUGUGUUAUCGAGAUCGAAGUUUAAUCUGUUCGUGAAAACAGGAAACGAUCGGCAAGCUCGAUGACGACAACGGCAACGAAGACGACAUGGAGGUGGAGGAAACCUCCAUACACAGAGCGAGGGGAAAAAGAAAGAGAGAAAGAAGGGAGGAAAAAGGAGUAGAGAGAAAGAGAGAGAGAGAGAGAGAAGCCAAUAAACGAAUGACGAGAGAGAGAGAGAGAGAAAGAGAGAGGAGAGUAGAGUUGGUUUUCUAAAAUUAGAGAGCGACGAGGAAGAGAAGGGGAUGACUCCUUAUAGAGCUUGCGACGUCGAGCUUGCGGCCAGGGUUAGCAAACUGGCACUCUCUUUCUCGUCUCAGAAUAUCAGAUUACCUUUGCACCAGUGCAUCGUCUCGCCCCUUCGACUUCUUCCUUUCUUUUCUAGCUUUCUCUUUCUCGUGGCGGAGCAAGUACCGUGACCACCAGCAAACAUGUCUGACGACGAGGAGCAAUACUCGGAGUCUGGGGAGAAUAUCGAGUUUAUGAAGAGGCAGGAACAGAAGAGGAGCGACCUAGACGAACAGCUCAAGGAAUACAUUGCAGAAUGGCGGAAGCAGAGGGCAAAGGAGGAGGAGGAAUUGAAGAGAUUGAAGGAGAAGCAAGCGAAGCGCAAGAUCACUCGCGCGGACGAGGAGAAAAGAUUGGCCCAGAAAAAGAAGGAGGAGGAGGAGCGUCGCCAGCGUGAAAUCGGUAAGUUCGUUUCAUCUUUUACUUUUUUUUUAUCGAUUUUCGCGAGAGGCCGCCUCCUGAUGUUUCUCUUUCCGCUUGCAGAGGAGAAGAAGCAACGUGAUAUGGAGGAAAAGAGAAAGCGUCUCGAAGAAUCAGAAAAGAAACGCCAGGCAAUGAUGCAGGCGAUGAAAGAACAAGCGAGCAAGAAGGGUCCUAACUUUACCAUCACUAGGAAAGAUUUAGCGGGUAACCUUACGUCGGCGCAACUGGAGCGCAACAAGACGAAAGAGCAGCUCGAGGAGGAGAAGAAAAUCUCGCUGAGUAUUCGCAUCAAACCGUUGGAAAUCGAUGGUUUCUCAAUCGAGAAGCUCCGGUCCAAGGCUAACGAGCUCUGGGACACCAUAGUCAAACUGGAGACCGAGAAGUACGAUCUUGAAGAGCGGCAAAAGCGUCAGGAUUAUGACCUUAAAGAAUUAAAGGAACGUCAGAAGCAACAAUUGAGGCACAAGGCUUUGAAGAAAGGUCUUGAUCCCGAAGCUCUCACGGGCAAGUAUCCUCCCAAGAUCCAAGUCGCCUCCAAAUACGAACGUCGAGUGGAUACCAGGUCUUAUGACGAUAAGAAGAAGCUCUUCGAGGGUGGUCUGACCGAACAGCAGAAGGAGUUCAUAGAGAAGCAAUGGGCUCAACAGAAGGAGCAAUUCCUUGGCCGCCAGAAGACGAAAUUGCCGAAGUGGUUCGGCGAGAGGCCAGGCAAGAAGCCAGGAGACCCCGAAUCACCCGAAGGCGAAGAAGACGUGAAGGCUGCGGCUGAAGACGAAGAGCUGGAAGAGCCACAAUUCGAAGAAGAAGAGGAGGAGGAAGAGGAGGAGGAGGAGGAAGAGGAGGAGGAAGGCGAGAAGAAGGAGGGAGAGGGUGAAGGUGAAGAGGAGGAGGAGGAGGAGGAGGAAGAGGAGGAGGAGGAAGAAGAGGAGGAGGAAGAGGAGGAAGAAGAGGAAGAAUAAAUGUCUCUUCUAAAAAAAUCCUAAAAACCACAAAUUGAAUCGAUCGAUCAUUAAGAAAUAUCGAAACAUCCUAUGAAGAACCAUCGAAUUCAUAUAUAGUCGUGGCGGCAGUAGAGGCGAACAAUGGCGGACCAUUUUUCCAGAAUCUUGUUAUUAUAGAUGGCUUUUAUGAGACAAAGGAAAACGGGACAAGAAGGUGAACGUCUGUACGUUAUAUUUUUCCACGAAGAAAUCCAUUCUAUAAUGGCGAGAAUUCCGGCGAGAUAAAACAUGCCAUUAUUAUUUCUCAACUGUUCUACCACUUCUACUUCUAUUAUUAUUAUUCUACUACUUCUAUUGCGCUAUUACAAUUAUUAUUAUAUUGUACAAAAAUACACGCACACACAUUAUUAAAAUAAAAAAAAAAAAGAUUUAUCGUAUAA